AUGUCUUUUGUUCUGCCGUCAACGAUGAAGCUCUAUAUGAGCAUCACAGAGGAACACGCAGAUCCUUGGAGAAGAGAUGUCACCAUGGAUGACUUCUCUUUAAUGGACAGAAGUGUGGGUACUUCUAACAGAACUGAUGGGACAUAUGAUGUUCAGUUUGGAGAUUACUGCCAGAAAGCUAUGCAGCGACAUCUAUUUUUGGCAUGCAGGAAAUACGUUGUCCACGUGCAAACCUAUGGUCCGCAAGUAUCAUGGACAUCAAUGCAUACGUCAGUCGUGGCUUCUGCUGCAACACUACUACAACAGCAGAACAUAUCGUAUGAUAACAACUACAACAACGACAAGAAACGAAUGCUGCAGCAAUAUGCACGAAGCAUUCAAUCCAAGCCGCCUAGCGACCCAGAGCUGCCAGUUAACAAACCACUGCUGACGUUUGACAUGAACAUUUCUGAAACCCCGGAGGUCACGAGGUCGGAGGUCUCUGCAGAACACCGUGACGUCACAGAAAAAUCCUUCGACGAUAUUCCCGGCCCCAGGGGCAUCUAUACGUGGCCGUUGAUAGGAACACUACUUCAUUUCAAACCAUUCACUCGUUACACACUGCGGAAUAUCCACGAACUGUACAUGGAGCUAUUCGAGCGGUAUGGUUCGCUCGUGCGGAUCACGUUCGGGCGGUGGAUGGUGCUAGUGGAGGAUCCAGAAGACAUCGGCGUCAUCUACCAGAACGAAGGACGCUACCCCAGGCGACCGACCCUCGAUCUCCUGCUGGUCUACUGUGAACGAAAUAACCAGGCGCUAGGCUUGGCCUCCAGGCGACCGACCUUCGAUCUCCUGCUGGUUUACUGUGAACGAAAUAACCAGGCGCUAGGCUUGGCCUCCAGGCGACCGGCGAUCGAUCUCCUGCAGGUCUACUAUAACCACAACAACCAGACGCUAGGCUUUGGGUCCAGAGAAGACGAAGAGUGGAUGAAGAUGCGCAGACCUCUGAACAGGAAGAUGCUGAAACCUGGCUCCGCCCUCAAGUACCUGCAGGUCCAGAACGAGGUCGCGGACGACCUGGUUACAAGAUUCAGGGAAAGACAACUCAACCCAGCCGAGAUCAGGGAGGAGUUCUUCAAAUAUGCCAUAGAAAGUAUAAGUUCUCUGGCAUUCAACAAAAGAAUGGGAUAUCUCACCAACGAGAUGGAGAUGUCACCACAGAAGAGAGAGUCCGUAGCAAACCUGCAGUAUUUGUUCGAACUGUUUAACGAGGCAUUGCAUACCGGAACUGGUCUUUACAAGUACUUCCGGACGCCAUUUUACAAGAAAUACGAAAAGGUUUCCAACGAUGUUUUGAGUCUAACAAACUCAAUUCUCAAUGACUGUCUGCUAGAGGUGAACAAGAAGGACGAACUCGGACAAGUGGACGGACCAGACUCCACUUUUAUAGAGACGAUGCUUGCCAACGAUGACAUCACGUUGGAGGACAUCAAAACUGUCAUUGUCGACCUCUUUGUUGCAGGGUCAGACUCAACGGCAAAAAAUCUUCAGUUGGUGCUGUAUAGUUUAGCCAAGAAUCCCGAGAAACAGCGCCACCUGUACGAGGAAAUAGUAUCCGUCAUCGGAACUUCCGGUCCACUAACAGAGAGCGCUCUCAGUGAGAUGCAGUACCUUAAAGCGUGUGUGAAAGAAUCGUUCAGGUUUUACAAUCCAAUCUCAUCUAUCUGCCGGUUUCUUCCUAACGAAAUCCUUCUCCGUGGACACAGAAUUCCAAAAGAUACAAUGGUGGUGAUGUGUAACCACAGAAUAGUGAAGAGCGAGAAGUACUUUCACAGGCCGGACCAGUUCCUUCCCGAACGCUGGCUCAGAAACCAAGAUGGCCGCCUUACUGAAGCCAUUCAUCCCAUGGCGUCAUUACCUUUUGGAUUUGGGCCACGUUCUUGUGUGGGCAGGCGAUUUGCUGAACAAGAAAUAUUCCUAGCCGUCACUAAGAUUGUCCAGUCGUUUGAGUUGGGUCUGCAGCCAGGUCAUGAAGAAAUAAAUAUUCACUACACAGUAUUCAUCACAACUGAAGACCCCAUCCACUUUGUCUUCAACAAGAGAUGA